AUGUAUGACCCCACGGGGACCAAUGGCAGCACACAUGGUGAUGUUUCCACCACGAUGCCCAGGGACAUUGACAAUGGCACAGCUGCCAAUGAUGUUCCUCCCCUGCCGCCUGAUCUUAUGCAGGCUGACCUGGUCAAUGUUUGUGAAAUGAACAUUGUCUUCCAGGACUCUGUCCCUGAUUUCCCUCAGGGUCUGUCCAUUCCUGUGCCUCGUGGCAGGAAAGGGAAAAGAGUGAAGGCUCAGAGCUCUUUUGACAUACAGAAGGUCGAGUGGAUUCGCAAGUACAACCCUGACACGCUUCUGCUGGAUGACAGUUACCGAAAACACCUCAAACACCAGUGCAACAAAGUAUUGCUACGAGUGCGUAUGCUGUAUUAUCUGAAGCAGGAGGUUAUUGGCGAUCAUGCGGAUUCUGUACUGAGAGGAGCUGAUAGCAGGGAUAUUGAUAUUUGGUUACCUGAAAUGGAACAGCAGGACGUUCCAUCAGCAUGGUGGGAUGCAGAGGCUGACCGUUGCUUACUUAUUGGGGUCUUCAAACAUGGGUACGAGAUGUACACUACCAUGCGUGCUGAUCCCUGUUUGUGUUUCGUGGAGCGAUGUGGUCGACCUGAUGAUCAGGACAUCAAGGCUGAACAGCACUCAGCAGAUCCAGAUCUGGGAGAUGGAGCUGACUAUGACAAAUAUUCAGAGGAUCCAGAGUUCAAGCCUGUGAUGAGGCACAGUAAAGACAUUUUUGGAGAGGCUGACUUGAGGAAUGCGGAUGAGAUCUGCGUGGACGAUCUUACCAAUCCAGUCCCACCUGAGGUGCAGUCCUCUUCAACGACCUGGCCAACAAGUUCAUCACUCACAGCACGACUACGGAGGCUAAUCACAGCAUAUCAGCGCAGCUAUAGACGAGAGCAGCUCAAGAUCGAGGCAGCAGAAAAGGGGGAUCGACGACGCCGGCGCUGUGAGCAGGCCACCAAGCUCAAAGAGAUCGCACGGCAGGAACGACAGCAGAGAUGGACUCGUAGAGAGGAGUGCGACUUCUAUCGGGUGGUGUCCACUUUUGGUGUGGAGCGAAUAAAAACCGAGGGGGAAACUCAAAUGGGGGAUGAGACCAAACUGGACUGGACCCGUUUCCGCACAUUUGCACGGCUGGACAAGAAAACCGAUGAGAGUCUGAGCCGAUACUUCCGCUGCUUUGUGGCCAUGUGCCGAAGGGUGUGUCACUUGCGACCUGCCCGUGGAGAAGAAUCUCAAGACAUGUCCCAGUCUUUAGCUCCCAUCACGGAGGAGCGAGCCUCACGCACACUUUACAGAAUCAGCCUGUUGUGCCGGCUGCGGGAGCGCAUCCUUCCCCACCCCUCGCUGGAGGAGCGCCUUCAGCUCGCGCCGUCAAGCUCUGACCUGCCCACCUGGUGGAGCAUCCCUCAGCAUGACCACGAGCUACUCCUAGGCGCUUCCCGCCAUGGCGUGAGCCGCACGGAGCAGUCGAUCUUCUCUGACCCACAGUUCUCCUUUAACCAAGCCCGUCAGGACUAUCUCCAGAACCAACAGAACCGUCAAGAACCUGCUGUCCAAAUCCAGACACACAACCAACCACCAGAGAAGACCAGCAUCAAAGAAGAGAGGUUAGAAGACGAGGUCCGGCUGCUGGGGAUGGAGUCAAUUUGUCAGUCAGACUCUCUAGCCACUCCGAUCUCCUUCUCCGAUGGGAAGGGGAGAGGGCAGUUUGCUUGGGGCUGGAAGAAGAGCAGAGAGAGAGGAUCUAAAGGAAGAGAAAGGAAAGAAGGAGAUGGAGCUGGAGGACAACCAUCAGACUCUGAUUCAGAUUCAGAUUCUGGUUCGUCGACAUCUUCUCAUUGUUCUGCCAGCUCAGAUGAAAGUGGGGACAGUGACGCAGAGAGAGAGCAAGCAGCUCUAAAAAUGUGUGAUGUGGAUGAAGAGAACAGCACCCUUUCAUUUACACCAUCUCAAGACGGCGCUCCACCAGAAUCCCUCAAUGACUCCCACCGUGUGGAUUGGCCCAAGGAUCGUGUACUGAUCAACCGAAUAGAUAACCUCUGUACUCUGGUUCUGACGGGACACUGGCUGUCAGGGCGGCGGUACACCUCAGAUCCUCAUCUUACUCUGGCCUCUGAUGAACAUGGGCUUGGAGAUGACCUGGGCUACGCUCGCGUAUCACGCAGAGGCAACAGCGCCCUACCUGGAGAGGCUGCAGAUGGACAGGAUACAGAGUUUACUGUUAAACUCUUGAAAGAAGAAGGGCUGAAGCUGACGUUCUCCAAACAGGCUUUACUGCCUAAUGGGUCAGCAGGUGAAGCAAGUGGUCGUCGAAGGCGCAAAGACCAAGAGUUGGCAGAGUCAGGCGGAGUACUCCACGCUCCUCGUAAAAGGGACCUGCCCAACUGGCUGAAAGAAAACCCAGAUUAUGAGGUGGAGGGUGACAUGCUAGAGCUGCUUGUGAACAGGACCAAAAGGAAGAGGAGAAAGAAGAAGAUAGAGAAGGAAGCAGCCCUAACCGGCAAUGAGAGGAUUAAAGUCAUAGACAUGAGAACUGGAAAGAAGUAUGGUGGAAUAUAUGGACCUGCACUUCAAGACCUGAAGGACUAUCUGGAAGAGAAUCCUGACCACGCUGUAGCACCAGAAUGGGCAGAUGCUGUUCGCAACUCGGGCUUCCUUCCGGAAAGUUUUUUCCACAGACUGCUGAGCCUGCAUGCUUCGUUCCCCAAAAAGAGCCACCAUUACCUCUCCACCCCUUCGACCCAGCCCGACCCUCUCCUCGGGGGAGGCGAGGGCGAGACACUGGUUUCUGAUGGAGCUUACAUGAUGGACGAUGAAGACCUGGACGCCGGUGACCUCACUUCCUCUCACCACUUCCUGACUCCUGCCUAUGACGUAAAGAUGGAGGCUGGGUCUCUCGACAUGGACGGAGGGGACGGUCUGUCGCAAGGUGGCUACGACAGCUCCGAUAGGGAAGCGAUUUUGGAUGAUGUCAUCAUGGCACCUAAAAAUUCUGAUUCUUCCUCGAGCUCGGAGGAUUGACCACGUCUCACUUGUCCCCUUGAUGUAGUCCCCCAGAGAUCAUGACAUUCUUUUAUUAUAUCUACCCCCCUCCACCAAAACAAACAUGACUGUAUUAUUAUUAUUAUUAUUAUUAUUUCUUGCUUUUGAGGAAUUAUGGAUGAUUUUUUUUCAGUCUUUGCAAAGUUGUCUUAAGUAGUUUUGAUGACGGGCAUCAUUCAUUUGAUUUACUCUGUACUGAUUCUUCACUCCACGCCCAGUAAAUUAAAAUGUAUGUCCUUCAUGUCUGUCAAACUAUCA